UUCUGUCUUCCCAUUCAUAUUAAUCUCCACUUCUUCCUCCAAUUUUCUUUCUUUGUAAUAUCCAUGGCCAAAUCGUUAAAUCUUUUCUUCUAUCUCUCUGUUUUCAUCUUCAUCAUCACUGAACCCGCCUUGGCUCAGAAAUGUUCCAACUACAAGUUCUCAAGCAAUCAAGUCUUUGAGUCCUGCAACGACCUCCCUGUUCUUGAUUCCUUCCUCCACUACACAUACGAUUCAUCUUCCGGCAAUCUCCAAAUCGCUUAUCGCCACACAAAGCUCACAUCCGGGAAAUGGGUAGCAUGGGCCGUGAACCCAACAUCCACCGGAAUGGUCGGAGCUCAAGCCAUUGUAGCUUAUCCACAAUCAGACGGCACCGUUAGGGCUUACACGUCACCCAUCACUAGCUACCAGACGAGUCUCCAAGAAGGUGAACUGAGUUUCAACGUCUCUGAGCUGUCUGCCACUUAUCAAAACAACGAGAUGGUCAUCUACGCAACUUUGAAUCUUCCACUUGCUAACGGUGGAAACAUUAACACUGUGUGGCAAGAUGGAUCUCUUUCAGGGAACAGUCCUCUUCCUCAUCCAACUUCUGGCAACAAUGUCCGCUCUGUUUCCACUCUGAAUCUUAUCUCCGGUGCAUCUGGUUCCACUUCCACCGGAGGAGGAGCAGAUUCCAAACUCAGAAAACGCAACAUACAUGGAAUAUUGAACGGAGUGAGCUGGGGAAUAAUGAUGCCAAUAGGAGCAAUCAUUGCUCGAUACUUGAGAGUCUGCAAAUCAGCAGACCCUUCUUGGUUCUACAUUCACGUUUUCUGCCAAUCUUCUGCUUAUAUUAUCGGUGUCGCCGGUUGGGCCACCGGUCUCAAACUCGGCGGCGAAUCACCGGGGAUUCAGUUUAGCGUUCACCGUGCUAUCGGAAUCGCUCUCUUUUGCCUCGCAACAGUUCAGGUGUUUGCAAUGUUUCUGAGACCAAAACCAGAGCACAAGUACAGACUCUACUGGAACAUCUACCACCACACCGUUGGCUACAUCGUGAUCAUCCUGGCGGUUGUGAACGUUUUCAAAGGGCUAGACAUCUUGAGCCCUGAGAAGCAGUGGAGAAACGCUUACACCGCUAUAAUCGUAACGCUGGGCUUAGUCGCGGCCGUACUCGAAGCUUUUACUUGGUAUGUAGUCAUAAAGAGAGGGAAAGCAGAGGAAUCUGCCAAGACGACUCAGGUUGGAAACGCUGGUCGGUCUCAAUACGCAUAGAGAGGUUUGGUGUGUAGAUUAGAGAGUGAAAUUUUCUGGUUUUAUCUGGUUGUUUAUCAGUUUUCUGUUGGUUAAUUUUGGUUGGAUUACGUGCUUCUACAUAUACUGCUAGAUUAAAUUAAUACAUUUGAUGGUUAUUAGAUGUUGAAGUUGAAGUUGAAUGGCUCUUGAAGCCUUGACCCUUUGCUCUUUUACACCUUCACGAUGUGUACAUGUGAAC